GCGGCAGUGGCCUGCGGUGUAGACACCGUUUCCCGGGACCUGGACCAGCCGGCCCGGGCCCUCUGUGCGCUGCCUCGCUGCCUUUCAGGGUUCUGAGCAUAGAAGCCUGUGCCAGGGCCUGAGGUUGAGACGGGAUGGAACUCGGUGCCUGAGAAAGAAGGAAGAGCCCAUGGGACUCACCAUGCUUUUGACUCAGUCAGCAGCUCCAUGACUCCAGGCGGGAAGUAAGAACAGCGCCCAGCUAUGCCUACAGUUCUCAGCCUCACAGCAGGGUCACAGAAAACACAGAAUUUAGGUUAGAUUCCAGCUGGCCAACUCCAUGAUCUUAGAAAAGCCACAGUUUCUCCAGAUCUUACAAGAAGCAGGUAAUUGGAGGUGUACUUUGAGGAGUGAUGAAGUGUUGCCUGGAAUAUCAGAAUCAGAAACAGUCAUAGUUUGGGAUCAUGACCUACUGCGGUGGUUUAUGAAAAAAGAUAGUUAAGUAUGCUCCCAGGAAGCCAGCUACAAAGUAUACUGAAGGACGCUUCCUAAGAACUUUAUCAUAUGAAGUCUUUCUGGAUUUCAGUGGCCUCUCUUUAGAAAUGCAAAUGAAGAAGAUGAAGGAGAGUGGACAGCAGUUAUGGACUACACAAGCGGAUGAUGGACACAGUUCCUUGACCAUGUCACCCAAACAGCCUAAUGCUCAUCGAGGGACUCGACCAGAUAGACAGGAAGCUCAGACUCUUUUGUACCAAGGCUCCGAGGCAGAGGCUGCCGCGAUGACCAUCGCAACGUGUGUGAAGUGUAAAAGCGUGCACAAGCUCCCGCUUCAGGAUCUGAAAAAGGGUACUGGGCAAAGCCAAAAGGAGGACAAAUAUGUUUGCUUCAAAUGCAGCCUUGGUGUGGCCCCUCCACACUUCCACUUUGUGAACAGUAAUCACAGUGCUACUCACAUAGGAAAUAAAACCGAAACCAUCUCAAGUUCUGUCAAUAACAAAUUUAAGGUAAGGAACUUUAAGCCAGGCAAAUACUAUUGUGAUAAAUGUCGGUUUUCCACGAAGGACCCCCUGCAGUACAAAAAGCACACACUUCAACAUGAAGAAAUUAAAUUCAUUUGUUCUCACUGCAGCUACAUUUCCUACACUAAAGGGGAGUUUCAGAGGCACUUGGUGAAACACACGGGCAUUUUCCCUUAUCAAUGUGAGUAUUGUGACUAUGGUGCUAUUAGAAAUGACUACAUUGUCAAACACAGGAAGAGAGUCCACGAGAAGGCUGGUGGAAAACGGCCGCCCAAAACUGUUGCCAAGCUGGAGCCAAAAAGAAUCAGUGCAUCCAAGCAAAACCCAGAGCUUUUAAGAGCUUCCAGUCCAAGGACUGCGUUUCAAAAUAAGUUGUCAGAUCAGCUUUCAAGGUUCUCCCUCCAUUCAAAUAAAGACAGAAUGCACAACAUCAUGUUGUUACCUGAAUCAAAAGAGUACCAAAAAGAUGUUGUGUGCGUUCCAAAUAAAGUGACGCUGUCAGAGCCCAAUGAAGUCAGCCUGUUUGAGAACAGAAGUGUGGAGGUGGAAGUGUUAUCCCCUGCAAAAGAGCCUGUUCAGCCGGGAAUGCCAUUAACGGUUGUGGCACCUGCAGAACUAGUCGUCCCUGCAAACUGUUUAGCCCAGUUGAUAGAUGUGAAGGUUGUCAAUGGAACACAGCAGCUUGUGCUGAAACUGUUUCCUCUGGAAGAAAACAAUUGCCUUGACACCGGUGGGGGUAAUGUAGGUAAUUCUGAACGUGUGACUAAAGAGAAAGGUUUAAGUGAACAAGAAAAAAUGGCUUCUGCAGAACAAACAAGGUCCUUAACAAUUGAAGGGAAUGUUGGAAAACUUGCAGGCAUUGAUAAUCUUCAAUCAUCAGUUCAGAAACAACUGAAAAAUGUGAAAUGGGUAAGGUCUUACGAUUUUUUCACGUCGAAUUCUGGUGUGCACAGUGGUGGAGAAUCCUUUGUCAACCCCAGUAGAGUUGAGGGUUUGCAGAAAAAAAGUUACACAUAUCCACAUAGAACUGCUCUUCCUUCCAUCGCCUUAAAAGGCCAUUCUCCAUCAUCUCUAGUGAAAAACUGUAUUUUAAGUGGUCUUGGAACUGUGUCAAACUCUUUUCCAUAUAAAGCUGCCGUUUCUUUUCCUGAAGACGGGAGAAGCUUACGCGGUGACUCACAGCAGUUAUUUCCUUUUGCUGCAUCGCCUGCAGCCAUUUCCUUCUCUGGAGAAAAGGACUCACUGCCCCUGGGUAAAAAUGACAUGGAAUCUAGAAAUGAGAUCAGUAUUCCUGUAAAAAUGGUUCCCCCUCACAGGAAGCUGAAAGAUAACCAGACACAGGAGCACAAGGCAGUUUCACAUACGGGCCAGAUCUCGUCUCAGCAUAAAAGCGAGUAUUUACACAUAAACAUAACAGGAGAAGGUAGAAUCAGAUCUCAACAGUCUGGGGAUAAACCUUUGGAAUUAAAGAAUUCUGAAAAGACUAAUGACUCCUUCGAAGGCCCAGUCAUCUCAUCAGUAUUUUCUCUGAGCUCUGGAUCUGAAAACGUCCCUGAGGGCGUUAAGUGGAAUAGUUCAACAUCCAAAAUAAAGUCAAUUGAACUCUUGCGCAGAAAGAUAGCCCAGUUGAUCGAGUCCUGUGGCAGGCCUUCCUCUUUGGCUGCUAAUAGUGCACAUCGCCAUUCUGUGGGGAAGGCAUCCAAGGUUACCUCGAAAGCUGCCCCUGAAGGGAUGCAGGAAAUUAACAUGUCACUUACCAGCACUGGCUGUUCCACAGCUGCGCUGCCGAAACCUCAGGAUGACGGUGGUAUUAAUGGACACCCUGCUCACCCACAGAUGUAUCCGCAGCUUGUGGAAGGCAGCAGUGGGAAAACCGAAAGCAGAGUACCCAGGAAGCCACAUGUGGCCACUCCAGUAUUGAUCCCCAAGGGGGCUGUGUUGAGGGUUCUUAAUUCCUCUGAGGACUCCCACAUUAUAGAGGCUACAUGCGAAGCACCUGUCACCAUCCCCUGCAGUGAGACACAGUUAAUAAAACCCAUUCCAUUCCGCCCCGUGAAACAGACAGACUCAGACUUACAGUCUUCAACAGGUGAAAGUGGGCCAAUAGACAUGUCCCAAAAUCAUGAUCUAUCUCUUCGGCCUAAAUCAAGAAAAGAGAGUGCUAAUUGCAGCAGCGUGCCUAAAAAAGCUGGACCCCUGCAUGGACAGCAAGGAAGCAGUGAAAUGAGUAGGCAAGGGAAACUGUUUUCCAGAAGUCUCCCUGUCAGUAAAAGUAAAACCAAACAAGUCAACUCAUCCAAGAAGAAAAGCAAAAUUCAGGCUGAUCCCAGCCGCUAUUUCAAGGAUCCUUCCAUUUUUCAGGUUGCAAGACAACUUCGACUGAUAGCGGCCAAACCAGACCAGUUGAUCAAAUGCCCCCGUCGGAACCAGCCCGUCAUCGUGUUAAACCACCCGGACGUCGACUCGCCAGAAGUGUCCAAUGUGAUGAAGGUGAUAAACAAGUACAAAGGCAACGUCCUCAAAGUGGUCCUGUCGGAGAGGACUAGGUGUCAGUUAGGCAUCAGGCGGCAUCACGUCCGGCUGACCUACCAGAAUGCGGAGGAAGCCAAUCAGAUAAAAAGGCAAAUGAUGUUGAAAAUGAAGCUUAAAAAAGUUCAUAAAAACAACUACCAGGUGGUGGAUUCCUUGCCCGAUGACUCAUCACAGUGUAUAUUUAAGUGCUGGUUUUGUGGGCGGCUCUAUGAAGACCAGGAAGAGUGGAUGAGUCAUGGCCAACGGCAUUUAAUAGAAGCAACUAGAGAUUGGGACGUUCUUUCUUCCAAGGGCAAAUAAGUGAAAAAUUGGUCUUGGAAGCAAAUUGUUUUUCUUACCUUUAGUUGAUUCUGGUUUGGUUUGUUUGGUUUUGUGUCCCUCCUCGACUCAGUGGGAUAAUGCAGACUGCGGGGCUGGGAGGGUGGUUCAGUCUUCAGGUCUUCCUGGGAAUGUGGAGAGCCCGGCGUCUGAGCCUGGUGGCUGGGCCUCAGGAGGUGUCUGUGGCCCCCGAAGGAGUGCGCACAGAUUCACGUACAUGCUUGUGUCCGGGGAGAAGGGAAACCUUGAACAGAUUUUCAGUGGGGUCUGAGACGUCUCUUUGGUCAGCAGCCUUUUUCUGUGCAGAUAAAAAUCAUUUCUAACCCAUUCAAGGGGCAAGUUUAGAGUGUUUUACACAUGCUCUUUAUAUAACAAAACGCUACUGGAGACUUAAACCCAGGUCUUGGUAUACACAUCCACUUUUUUUUUUCUUUUGCAUUAACUCAUCUCCUGAAUAUUUGGUAUAUAAUGGAAAUUAUAUUUUCUACUUUGUUCGUUAUCUUAAAUUUGGUUAUAGAAAAGUGGCCAUUCUUUUAAAUCCCUUCACCCACUCUGCAGUGUUCCCAGUGUUCUCUAUAGCACAGAGAGUUGUGCUUUUGUUGACUCUUUUAAAGAAUAAUUCCAAAGGUUGGCCUCAAUUUACUACAACAGCAGGUGUUACAGGAAGAAAGAAACUUUUUCAGGCUUUUGCUUUCUUUUUAAAUACCUUGAUUUUGACGGUUGGGGAGGGAAUGGGCCUUUUGAGGGGUGGGGGGGAAGAAAUGGUCACAGAGGGAGAACAUCUAAAAUUGUCUCCUGUUUGUCCUCACCACUCUCACGAAGGUCAAGUAAGUAAUCAACUUAAAAUGUGAGAGGACAGGCUUCUCUCAACAUAGAUAAAGUUUGGGGAGAUAGGAUAGGAUUGGGAAGAAAGUUGUGGCUUUGAGGUUAUCGUCGGUUUUCAUUUGGGAGCUCUUCACAGACCACGAGUGGAGCCUGCACACUUCUCUUUCUUCCUCCGUCACCGGUGGAUCACAGACACUGCCCCUCUCUUCCUGCCUCCCCCCCUCCCCCGCCCCGCCCCCGUCACAUCCUGCUCUCCCUUGGCCUGUUUUCUGAACAGGUCCUCCUGUGGAAUAAGACGGCUUCCCUGCUCACCUGUCCCUUUCCUUUGUUUGAAGCUCCUUAAGAUUCUCCCUGAUGAAAGUACUAAAAACAGGCAAGAAUCAACAAAAUGGAAAGCUCCCACCACCUUUGUUAAGGUCAUAGGAACACCGUCCCUGGUUCAUCGGUGGUGACAACCUGCUUCUAAUUUGUUCCGGCCACAGUCAGGCUUUCCCUGCUGUUCACCUUCCCUGGGAAGGAAGCAGCUCGGAGAACACUCCAGCCACCCCUCCACCAGCAGGAGUCAGGACUGGUGCCGGUCGCCACAGCACCAUCGUGUGCACUGGAGAACAGCCCGCCCUCUGCACCUGGUGGCUGCUUGGGCGGGUGGGUGGCUUGGCAAAUGCAGCUCAGGCUGGAUCGUAGCCCUCCCUUGCCCACCCAGCCGGGAACCCACCGUGAUGCAGAGCACAAGUGGCACAGCCACCAGGCAGCCCCAACUCGUGUGUUUUCCUCCUCUUGAAAGGCUCAUUCCUGGGAGAAUUGAGGGCUGUGGAUGCAACUGGGGGCUGUUAGAGCUGAAAAAGGCAUGAGUGCGAUUUCUAUUGUGUUGGGUAGUCAGUUGGAGACUUCCUGAUUUUUCUUUCCACGAGAAAGUCUUAGGUUAUCCUUUGAUACAUCGGAUUGUAAUUCUUUGUAGUUGGUUCUCACUGCAGAUAAUCAACAUGGCUUGUGUAUAGUUUAAUACAUAAUCAUUAAGUUGAUUAAUUGGGUUAGUUUUUAAUUGAAACUUAAAACUUGGGUUUGUUUUACGUGUGUAUAUAUGUGUGUACACAUACAUUUUUUACCAUAUGAAAACUGCAGUAGCUAAUUUUCUGAUUUCCUAUUUUAUAAAGAAAUUACAUGGGCUGGAAAAAUAUAAAACAUUUUAUAUUCUAGAAAUAAUUUAUUUUGGAAGUACAUUUUUAUAAUGCUCCAAUCUCAUUUUUAGAAAAUGAAAGCACAGUAAGUCAUGGGUCUGAUUUAUAUGAACAAAUGGGAGUAGAAAUCCCUGUGGACUGUUGCAGUACAUUGUUGAGUCCCUGUGCAUUUCUAGUUGGUGCUUUUCGGAAAAUGGAUUGUGUGUACCACUUCACUACAUAAAGGAGAGCGUUCUUAAGUUUUACCUAUGCAUAGGUCUCUUACUCCACCCCCCCACCCUCCAGCAGGAAAGAAGGCUCUUAAGAUGUUGAGAGGAGAAGAAAAGCCUGUGAUUUAUUUUUAUUCUCCUUCUAUACCUCACCACUUAGUAGCAUCUUUCGUGAAAGGCUAGACAUGACCUUUCAGGAAAGGUAACCAUGAAUCAGGUCAGUGUUAAGUGUCAACAUGAAAUAUUUACACUUUGCAGCAUCAACUGGUUUUCAAGUAUUACCUAAAACUCAGCAUAUGUCCUUGUACAGAGCAAAAUUUUGUGAGUAGAAUAUGUAGCUAGGCUUUUUGAGGUUUUCACAACUACAGUACUUUUUAAGGAAUUAAGAGGGCUCCUGAAAGUCAUAAAAAAAGUAAAAAAGCAAAAAAUGGUUGUCUUCCCUAUAUAAAAAACUUUAGAAAAUAGCCUGUUAACAUGUAGCUUAAUGUCAGGAAAUGAACAAAAUUGGAGAAAGUAGGGGCAGAACUGUGUUGAGUAUUUGUCUAUCUUACCUUGAUUUUGAAGGACCUCUACUCACUAAAUGUUAUUCACAGUACUUACUACUAAAAUCAUUUUUAACUUUUUCAAGUAGAUUUUCUUACUUUGGGGGAUCAGAAAUGAGAUGACCUUGUUAUAUUUAUGAUAUGACAGUGAAAACUUUUAAAAAGGACACUCAAAUAGAUGCUAUUUUAUUCAAAUUUGUAUCCCCAGUCCAAAACACUUUAUGAGCCCCUCUUAUGGGCCAAGUGCUAUUGGUUGAACUAAACUGAGUGCAGUGUAUUAACCCUCCGAAGCUCCCUCCCUCUUUCUUAAGCCACCGCAGAAAAUGAAGACAUGAUGCUGCUCAGCCUCUGGAAUAAUUUUUAAAUCUGUUGGUGUCCGUAUGAGCAGAAAACAAAACGUUGCAUAACAUGUUCUAAGCAUUAUUUUAAGUCCUGCGUUAACAGUUUGUGUGUCCGCUGCUCUGAUUUUGAAACACGUAUGUAUAUAGAGAAGUUGGCGUAAAUUUUGUUAAAUAAAGCAACUA